AGGAAUCACAAACUGCCCAACAAACCGCCCGGCGCGCGCGACUCCCUCCAGUUCCUCAACGCGAGCGCACGAGCGCAGGGGAGGAGGACCUGACUGGGGCUACGAGGGCGCAUAGAUCACAUCCGGGGCUGGUUUAUUCUAAUAACGAAACGUCCAACCCGGAAAGAACACAAGUCUGCUGUAAUCCGAGCACACAAACAAACAGACGCAGGCGAGACGCCCCGAUGCGCCGCGGCUCCGUAACUGUGCGCUGCUCGGAAAAGUUGGUGAAAACUUCGUGUGCCAUGCGUCCGUCCGCCAAAGCGGCGUCCCUCCGCUCCGCCUCGUAGCCGCGCAGGGCGCUGGCUGUGGCGCACACUGACAGAGUCUCCGCAGCGGUGACAUGCGAUAGCGGCAGCAUGCCGUACGUGGACCGCCUGAACCGCGUGUGCGGCUUCCUGGACCUGGAGGAGAAGGAGAACAGCUGCCGCUUCCAGAGGCGCUACUUCAUCCUGGACACGCAGGGGAACGCUCUGCUGUGGUACAUGGACAACCCUCAGAACCUGCCCAGCGGAGCCAGCUUCGUUGGCAGCCUGAAGCUGACCUACAUCUCAAAGGUGAGCGAAGCGACAUCGAAGCAAAAACCCAAGACCGAGUUCUGCUUCGUCAUCAAUGCGGUUUCCCGGCGGUACUUCCUCCAAGCCAACGACGUGCCUGACAUGAAGAGCUGGGUGGAUGCUCUGAACAAGGCCAGCAAGAUCACGGUUCCCAAGUCCGGCCCGGCUCCUCCGAGGCCCGAUGUGACUGCUGUGAUCAGCGACGCCCAGACGAGGCAGCGGCAGCAGGCCUACAAGACGGAGAUCAUCGGCGGCGUGGUGGUGCACACUCCAAUCCAGAACGAGAGCGAGGAGGCAGAAGGCAGAGAGAGGAAGGGCAACAGGCCGGGUGUGCUCAGAUGCGGUUACUGUGUGAAACAGGGAAAUGUGAGGAAGAGCUGGAAGAGGCGCUUCUUCACCCUGGACGACAACGCCGUCAGCUACUUCAAGUCUGAGACGGAUAAGGAGCCUCUGCGAGCCAUUCCCCUGAGGGACGUCCAGAAGGUCCACGAGUGCCUCGUCAAGUCCGGUGAGCUCCUGCUGAGAGACAACCUGUUUGAGAUCAUCACCAGCAGCAGGACCUUCUACAUUCAGACAGACUCUCCAGAGGACAUGCACGGUUGGAUCAGAGACAUCGAGACGAAGAUCCAGGACUUCAGAGGUCCAUCAAAGAAUAUCUUCAAACGAGCGUCUUCCCUCUGCCGGAGUCACAACGCGUCUCAAGGCCGACCCAGCGAGGACCGGCGGCCGCAGCUGGUCAAGUCGUGCUCGGUGGCGCCGGGCUGGCAGCCGUGGACCCCGGUUCCGCCCGGCGAGCCCUCCAUCCUGGACGCGGAGGACGAGGACAGCGCCUUCAGCUCCCUGCCCAACCUGCCGUCCCUGUCCUCGUCGUCCACCUCCUCCUCCACCUCGUCCUCCUCCAACUCCCUCUCCAACCCCAACCCCGGGCCGUCCGCCAGCGGACUGGGCCUCCUGACGGCGACGGGGGACGCGGCGUUCGUGCGCAGGAGGCACCGCUCGCAGCCUCAGGCCCAGAGUGAAUGCAGCUUUCCCUUCAGCCUGGACGACGAAGGCAUCCGCACCACAGACGUCUAGUCCGACCCGCCUGUGGGGACUAAGAGGUGUGUGCGCUCCCGUGAAAUGAAUGUGACUGGUAUCAAUAGUAUUCCCUGCUAAUGAAGUGGCGUCCGUGAGCGCCCCCUGCUGGUCCUGCCGCUUGCAGGAGGCCGAAGGGAGCGGUUGUGGCUGUUCACGGGACAGUGAAAAGGGUGAUGGGGCUCUUUUUUUAAAGCGCCGUCCUCUGAAAACUUGAAUACUCUGUAUUUUAAUUAUUUUUACUCACAUCCAUUCGCAGGGCACAUGGUUUUAACCUAAUGCACUUACUUCCCACGCGUAACAUUUCUGCAAGCGUUGUUGAACCCUGCUACAGUACAAGUACACACCUCAAGUGUUUUAAGGCAUUUCAACACAUUACACAUUUUUUUUAUAUUCAAGCUUGGUCAUUUCUUUUGAGCAGUGUUUUCCCCUCAUUUCGUCCUGAGACACACACAAUGUGAGUUUAUCCACGUUGAUAAUUAACAAGCGUUUAUCACUAAGAUGUAAUCGGGCGUCUGGGGGAAGGUGUCCUCAUAUAAAGGUACGCACACACCGACCCGGUCGCCGUCCGCAGCCGUGUUCAGGCUCAGGCACCAUUUAAUACUUGGCUAAAGGAUCAAUUGUCUCUGUUUUUUGCGGUACUUGUUGUAGAAUGUACUACCGGCAUCGAAGUACCGCCUGACGGCUUUCUACACGUGAUGCUUGUUGUAUUUGUCCGUGUGGACCCACGUGCCACACUUCUGUGUUGCUGUUGUGUUUUCACUCUUCUGUGCUCCGUCACGCCUCUGUGUAUAUAAAACAAUGUUCUUCUUCUGUGGUGUACAAUAAAUGAUGCUUUUUA